GCUUUGCGUGCCUCAGCUUCAACUCAGCAGAAGAAAACCACAGCCAGUGAGCCAGAGAUCUGCGAGCAUCCAUAUUUGCAGGUACCCGGCGGAGAGCAGACACCUUGCGGCAGAAACACAGAAGGAGUCCGGAUCAUCUCUGCUGCUGCUUCCAUCAUCUCCUGAGCUCAACUGUCCUGCUUUAUCCUGUUUAUUCUGAGUCCUCUCCUCCUCCUCCCCCUCUUCCUUGGACACCACGGGAUGGGGGAAUGAUCUGCACCGACUCCCCCUCGUCUCCUCCUCCUCUUCCUCAUCCUGCUGCUCCCUCGGUCGGUGUCCGUGUCUGUGCCCAGGAUGCGGGCCCCGCUGCUCGGCCAGGCUGCAGUGUUUGCGGCCCUGUGUGCGCUGAGCACCUGCCUGACAGGCUCUCACCUGUGCCCUCGGAGUUUAGACUGUGCACGAGCAGGACGACACUUCUGCCAGCCGGGCAGCUCACACUGCGGGCUCUGCCUCCACCCUCUGGUGGAGGACACCCAUGGGCACUGUGUGGUGAGGAGGAGGCACACCUCUCACUCUACUAAGCCUGUUAAAGGGAAGGCGAGAACCUACCCAGAGCUGGACGAGGAGAUUGACUUCCUCUCUGCCAUCAUCAGCGAGCAGAGGACAGAGUCCAGGCUGCCAGCUCCACCCAUCCAGGACGAUUCUAAACCUGAAUCCAAGCAGCCCAGUGAGCCUGAUGUUGCCCAAAACCAAUCCACCACAGAGCUGCCUACAACUCAGAGUGACCAGUUCACCGGCGUGCCCGCCACCACCAUCACCACACCCACAAACCACACCCCUGCUCUGCUCAGAGACCCCAUCAUCGUCCCCUACCCCUCCAAUGAUCACGUCUUCAUCAUCAUGAGCAGCGUCUUCAUCAUGGCCGGUUCGAUGGCUCUGAUCGUCGCAGGGGCAUGUUGGGUCAGAUUGCAGAAAAGUGUGACUCUGACUCAGAAGGUGGAUUACCCGGUAUACGGACUGAUGAGACCCCAAACCUUUGACAAUAUGCCCGGGGACAAGAAGCUGGCCCACAGCGCUCAGAUGUACCACUACCAGCACCAGAAGCAGCAGAUGCUCUCCUUGGAGAAACAAAGGGACGAGGUCAAAGUUCCUGACUCUGGAGCAUCGACAGACGAGGAGAAUGACGAGGGAGAUUUCACCGUGUAUGAGUGUCCCGGGCUGGCACCAACGGGGGAAAUGGAGGUGAAGAACCCGCUGUUUGACGACUCCACCCUUUACUUUCAGAGGUUCUCAAAGUAAACCCGGACACUGAGAUGUUUCCCACUCCAAAUGCAGCACCUGUGUGUAACAAAAGCUGAAUUUACACACAUUACACACACUGUACACGUACGAUCCUGUGCUCAGUGUACGGCCUUUGAAAUGGACAAGAUGAAGAGUGUGAGGUUCAUGUGAGGAGGAGGAGGAGGAGGAGGAGGAGGAGGAGGAGGAGGAGGAGGAGGAGGAGGAGGAGGAGGAGGUGGACGUCUGAAGGCUGGUUUGAAGAACGACUGAAUCUGGGACCAGUGUCUCCCUUUCUUCUGCCACAUACUAUCCUUUUUAGUUUCACCAGUCUUUUUCUAUUUUUAAGCCUCACUCUUUUAUUUUUCUAUUUCUGUUCAUACUCUAAAGGACUUCUGUCAGGUAACACACUCUCCAUCACUCAGAAACAGGAAGUUAAGCUCAAAGUAUGUACAUCACUGAUAGAUCACCAUGAAUAUCCACUUUCCUCUCUCAGUAAAUCCUCUUUCAUUUGCUGCAGCUUCAAGUAUUUUUAACAGAUAUAUGAUUUUAAAAUCUCCUGACCUCCAUGCAGCACCGUGCUCUUUAUCAGUAUGUUAUGUAGCCUUUGUGUUUUCUCAGUCUCGUUCCUCUAUGCAUGAAUUGAUGAUGCUGUGUUAUGAAGCCUGAGAGUCAAUAUGCAUUUACAUUUCGUACAAGUUUCUUGUGCAAACUUGCUAUGAUUACAUAUAUGACUAUAUAUAAGUUAGAUGAUUUCAAAGGAAUUUGAAACGUCUCUACGCCUCUGAACCAGAGCGAGUCUCUCCUGUAUAUACAUGAUCUGACUAACAUGCCUUGUCCCCAUGGUGUGUGAGGUGUAAAUAGCUGCUGACGUGUUGUACAGGACAGAGAUGUUACCUCUCACUCAGUGUGUUUGUCAGUGAGUGCUGUGUCACAUAUUCUACAGUUCUAUGUUUCUUUAUUGUAAAUUAUAUAUCUGCAGGGUUCCUACACGUGUGGAAAAGACAGGAAAUGUCUCCUAAAGAAGUCACAUCCAGGUUAAUCACACAUUUGAUCACUGUAUUUGUAAUUGUGCAGAACGUUUUUAAUUGAAAUGUAAAAGGGGGAAAGCAGAGAGUAUCUAUGCAGCAUCUUGACUUUUAUAUCAACAUUACCAGGAAAGUUUCAAUCCUGCAAAUCUUUAAAGGUUCCAUAUAAUGAAAUAUACAUUAGCCUAGCGACCCUGAGAAUGUGAGAGCAAACUGCAUUAUCUCUGUAGCCCAUUUACAAGGUCUUCUUUAGAUGAGAAUGGCCCCAUCAAAAUCAGAAAAGUCUGUCUUUCACAUUUAAAAAGAAACCUGCGUUCAUACGACAAGGUUGUGAAAUGAUCUGCGUGCACACAGAUCUGUAAAAAAAGACUGAAAAAGCUUGAGUCUGCAUGCCAGGCGAGCAGCUGGCUGUGUACGGAGACACCACUGAAGAACACUAUGUACCUGUGCACAGAGGCGUUCUUCAACAGUGCAGUGAGAACAGUGUUUGACUGGGAGUGAGAUACACAUGGGGCUGUAAAUUCACCGUUAUUACAGGUUCGGUAUAUUACCAAUUUACACAGUGAUAUAAGGGGUGACGUUUUCAAAAGAUUUCACUAUGGAACCAGGUUUUAAAGGUUCCGUUUUCAGCGCCCCACAUGCUGUUUCCCUGUGAAAGAACGGCCAAAGAGCAACAACAGUUUAUCAUUUUCUAUUUGAUACGUCUCUAAGAGGCGAUUUGAUUUGGCUCCAGUGAUGAUGUAAAGAAUGGAGUGGAUUGCAUAGGCAUGCAUGAAAACCACUCCCAUUCCUCUGUUUCCUCCUGCGCUAUUGUCCCUAUCCACUGACCACACACAGUCACACAAAAGGCAAGAAUGCAGAAACAACACUCAAAUUUUAACAUACUGGUCAAAGACAUGCCGUUGCAACACUUUAACAGUUGCUUCCUCCUGUUUGGAUCCAGAUUCUGGAUCUUAUGUGUUGUGGAUUGGAAAAGCUUGCCAUGUUGUCUUGGUGUUUUUCCGCCUCUGCAUCUGUCUGCAUGGAUGUGGUCAGAAACUGAAAGCCUGCAGAUCCUGCACAAGGGAGUCAUUUAUGUUUUUUGCAUCUGAUCUCAAAAUCUGUCUGCAAGACUAGAUAGAUAUGGAUGCAUGUUGUAAAUGGCUAAAAAAUACCAUUUUAUGGAACCUUUAACUUAAAAAGUUGACCAAAAUAAAAAAUUUGUAGGUAUAAACUUUAUCAGAUCAAGAUGUUGUCAAGGCCAAAAACUCAAAGUGAUGGCAUAGAUAUUUUAACGACAUGUUAUUUUGCCAAACAAUUCAUUUAAAAAUAUAUAAUCAAGAAAAAAGAUACCUAAAAUAUUGUAAGGUACUGUACCACACAGGACACUCCAUAGAAUCAUAUAAAUAUCUAAGACUGUUAAUCAUUGUUCAAUUUUUAACAUGGUCAUAUAUUUUCACGAUGAAGCAAAAAAUUUAAAAAUGAAAAUAGCUGUUACAAACUGAUUCCUAGACUGUUUACAAAGUGGAACUAGCAGAGGGGCGGGCUUCAAAAACUCAUCAGUGUUUAGAUUUCUUUAUCAGUCCCUCCUCCAUUCAACAGACAAACCUUUGAAAGUAGUCGUCUUCUCGUCUUGAGGACAGACCUGACAAAACUCGUCUUUUACUUUUGACUGAUCUGCAUCAUGAUGUAGUUAAUUCAGCAAAUUUAAGACAUGUUAAUCACAAGAACAUCAGUUUCUGUUUCAGGUUCAUACGGCUGAAGUAAUCCUGAAUGAGGUAUCGGUUCACACACUGUUGAACUGAGACCUGUCUGUAAUUGAAACAGAUGAACAGGCGCUGGAUAUAGUAGACCAACAAAUGGCAGCAUUCAUGUUGCAGAUGUUAACGAAGCAAAGAAAAGGAGCUCUUGUCUAGGAGUCGCUUUUGUUACUGCUGGAAUCACAGCAAUCACUGGAAAGUUUGCACCCGCAGAGGCAUGUAUCACCUCUUGAUGGAGAAUAUUCCCGAGUGGCAUCAGAGAUUGGCUUUUGAUUGACACUGUGUUUCUACAACAAACUUUUAAACCAGGAUAGAGGCAAAGCAUUGUGUGUGCACUCCUGUUCAUGGUCACAAGGCUUCUAAAAAACAGAGUCCAAAAAUAGUAAAUAAUAACCAAGGGCCACAUCAUGUGGUGGAAAACUCUUUAAUUUGGAAAAAGCCAAAAUAUAACAGUGAUGAGGUGUUACGUCAAUGAAAUUGUUAAAGAGUUAAGUCUUAAUUUUAAAGGACUAGAUUAAAAAAAUCAUAUCAUUAUGAGAACAAAUCUGUAAUUUUUAUAUAAAAUAAAUCUGAAUUUAUUCAGAAAAUACUGUAAUUUUAGUCUGUUGUUAGGCUUCAUGUAUUUCAACAGGAAUAUCAGGGCAGCAGUGAGUCACUUGAGCUGAAACAAUACUAUGAGUUGAUUCAUAAGAACAGUAAUCUCAUCAUAUUAACAUUUUUCAAAAAAUUAAAACUUAAUUCUCUUUAUAUAAGGAUUAUUGGGGGCGAUGGUUUGGCUUAGUUGUUGACUUGCGUACUCCAUGUACAGCUGCUAUAGCCCUCGAAAGAAGGCAGCCCGGGUUUGACUUUGCCAAAUUCCAGUCCCCACUCCAGUUAAUGUCUGCUGCCAUAACACUAUAAAGCUCUACUACCUGGAUGUAAACAAGCACAGAUAACAGAUGUCCUCUCGUAGUGCAGCGUGGUUUGUCAGUAUGUUGAUCUAGUAAAUGGAGAUAAAGUUGUAUGUAGGCUGUGUCUGGUUAAACUGAUAUUUAACCACUCCACCAGAGCAAUGAGGAAUCAGCACAGGCAUGAGGACGUUAACCUGUGAGGAGGACUGGAAGCUGGUGGUGCUAGCUCUGCAAGUGUUAGCCACACUCAGCAAAUCAAUUCAACAUCAUUUAACUGCAGACUCAAUGAUCCUGUGUUUAGCUGUUUGCUAAAAUCGGUCAGUUUUUAUUUUUUUCUGAAGGUUUUUUUAACUUUAGACAGGUGGGUUAGUGUGACAUUCACAAAUUUGCAUUUAUGUGACUCUUUAAGACAUCACAACGGGGGAUGGUCAAAAUGUCAAAAUUAAGGCUUCAGUCAAACAGUCCACAAACAUAAAAUAAGUGAUGCCGUGGUGGAUGUAUCCAUUUAUUUUCCUCAAUCCGAUGGCAGAUUUUACAAAAAAGAACAUUUGAUAAAAUUAAAUAUUUUUUUAUUUUACCAUUUAAUUGCGUCGCCAUUAUAAGGCAGAGUUUGGACUAUGCUGUAUAAUUAAUGAUAACAGAGGAACUUAGUUUUUUCAAACCUUUGAUGCACAUUAAAAUGAUAUUCAUAAAUAAACAGGGUUUAUCCUUAGUAUCAUGGUGGCAGAUAAAUAUUUCUAAUGCUCAAUUAUAUUUUUUUCAUUUGGAUUUUGUUGUAUGUUGUACUGUUGUAACACCCCACACGACUAACAGAAGUAAUACAAGAAACACAAACUCUUUAUGUUGAAGGAUUAAUGUUAAAGGAUACUCUCUGCUUUCUCCUUUACUGAAGCUGCUAUCUCCCCUGGUCUAAAUAUUGGACGUGAACAAACCCUCACUCUGUCAAACUGCAGCGUUGCAUAGAUCACACACAUUAUAUUACACACGCAGGAUGAUUCUCAGCUCCUCUGACGGAUGUUUGUGACAGGAACCCUGGAUGUAACUGUGGCCUCUCGCUGUCGUCUCUCAGGAAAGCCGCUCCGUGUGGCUCCUCUCUCUCUCUUCAGCCCGCCCCGCUCUCUCUGCCUCUCGCUCGCCCACAGUGGAGGAGCACGAUAAACUGUACUUGACCUGCACACAUAAUACACACACACACACACACACACACACACACACACACACACACACACACACACACACACACACACACACACACACACAUCGAUGAGUGUCUACAUGUAAAAAAGAAACACCAGGGAGUAUUAACACUGGAGGUGUUUAACUGUGUUGUAAAGACUGUUUGAAUCAAACUCACUGAGCUCAAAGAACAAAGCGUCGGAGGACAGAGAGAUUUACAGAGAACAUAGCUCUCAUACUGUUUGCCUUUUUUAAUGUCACAUAUCUCUGCUUCUCUUCACCCGAGCUGAGAGCUGAACACAAACCAAGCAGGUUGUCUUGUUGAAGGAACUCUAAAACAACUACCUAGACUAGCUCUCUUUGAUACAGACUGUUUUCAGACUAUAUGAUGACUUCUUUAUCGCCCUGUUUAGCAUGCAUGAGGAUACACCAGAGCUGAAAUGAAGGAAAUAAAUAUUUAUAUAACCUGAAGUGAAA